AUGGACCAUCGCAUGCAGGGCCCGCUCAUCCCGUUGGUGAAUCGCGACACGCUGCUGGGCCGCCAGGUGCCUCCGCCCUUCCAGUUCGCCAGCCCCUCCGUCUCCGCGCGCCACUGCACCAUCUCCUGCCUCCCCCAGCCUCCCGCUCCCGCUGGGGAACCCUCUGCCCCUCCUCAGGCGGGCGGGGCAUGCCCCCCCCCCCAGGGAGAAGCGGCUUCUGGGGUGGAGGAAGCAGCAGGAGCGAGAGUGGGUGUAGGAAGGGGAGAAGCAGGAGGGUUAGUAGCGGGGGAAACUGCGGGAGGAAGGGCAGAAGCAGGAGCUGAGAGGGAUGGAGGAAGCAGACAGGCGUUCGUCGUCGUGGUGAAGGACACGAGUCCACGCAUGGCUACAUCAGUACUCACGUCCUCUCCUUCCCUCGCCCCGUUGCUCUCCCGCACCUCCCUCGCCCCGUUGCUCUCCCGCACCUCCCUCGCCCCGUUGCUCUCCCGCACCUCCCUCGCCCCGUUGCUCUCCCGCACCUCCCUCGCCCCGUUGCUCUCCCGCACCUCCCUCGCCCCGUUGCUCUCCCGCACCUCCCUCGCCCCUUUGCUCUCCCGCACCUCCCUCGCCUUCCAGCUCCAACAGCACGCUUAUCAACGGAACCCGGCUGCAGAGGAACGGACCCCCCCAUCAGCUGAGGCAUCAGUCGCUCACACGUUUGUCUUCUUGCGCGUGGAAGGGGCACCCAUGCCAUCUGCUUCUCCUGCUGCUGCGAAUGGCGCUGCUGCUGCUGCUGCUGCUGCUAGGGGACUGCACUCCCCUGCUGCCGCAGGGAAAUUUCCAGGCAGGCGCGCAGCGGCAGUUAAGGAGGGAGCAGGCAGUGGCGCCAUGCGCGGCGUGAGUGUGAAGAGGGAGCAAGGAGAGGGCGCAGCCGGAGCAGACCCAGCAACAGUGCUGGUGAAGCGGAAGGCUCAGGCCUUGAGCUCUAAUCCGUGCCCCAUGGCGUUAGAUGCAAGCCCAAUGGCACGUGGGGCAGGUACCAGUCACACGACAACCCCUGCGGCGUCCCCCUCUGUGAAAGGCCAGAUGCUGCCCCCUCCCCCGCGCUCCUCCCCUGCAGCAGCGCGCCGACUGUCCAUGCACUCGCCCCCACCGCUCCCAGGAUCGGGGUUGGGAGCAGAGGCCGUAGCAGUGGGUCCAGACGAGGGGGGGAUGGCAGCGGGUAGGGUUCCGAAGCGGAGACGAGGGUCAAGGGGUGCUGUUCCGAGCUCGGUUUCUCCUGACAGUUCUGCUGAUGCUGGGGAAGGUUCUGGGGCAGGUUCUGGGGCAGGUUCUGGGGCAGGUUCUGGGGCAGGUUCUGGGGCAUCCGUGCCAGGCAGUGGCAGAGCUGCCCUCGCUCCAGUCAUGCCUGUUGCUGUCCCGGGUGCUGCUCCUGCUGCAGCAGGUUCACCUGCUGAGGUGGCACUGCCUGCUGCUGACGUGGCGAUUCUGGAGGAGAUGAAGCAGCUGCGGCGGGCCAAUGAGGAGCUCCGGCAGCAGCUGGACGCGGAGGCGGCGAGGAUGGACGAGAUGCUGAGUCAGCGGCAGCAGGAGGAGCGACGGCAUGAGGAGGGCGUGGUGAGUGCGCGCAUGGAGGUGCAGCAGGAGUGGGAGGGGCGCGUGCAGGAGGCGCAGAGGGAGAGAGACGCCGCAGCCAGGAAGCAGGAGCAGGCGGAGGGGGAGGUGGUGCGGCUGCAGGAGGAGCUGACAGGUGUCGGCGAGCGAUUGGCUGUUGAGAGGAAGGCACGGGCGGAGGCCGAAGCUGCGAAAGCAGGGCUGCAAGCGGAGGUGGAGAGGGCAUGGAGGGAGCGGGAGAGGGAGGCGGAGGAGAGGGGGAGGGAGAGGAGGGAGAUGGAGGCGGAGAGGCAAGCCGCAGUGGAGCGAGUGCAGGCAGCCGCAGCAGCAGAGGCAGCAGCAGCUGCAGAGAGGUCGCAGAGGGCGGUGAACGAGCUCCAAGAAAGGGUUGCUGCUCUCGUGGUGAGUGGUAUGACGGCUAUGAACGAGGAGAGGCAGGCAGCCAUUGACUCGCUCUCUGCCAAGCUGGAGGGCGAGCGGGCAGCAGUGGUGGCGGGACACGAGAGGGCGAGGAGGGCGGAGGGGUUGCUGGAGGAGGAAAGGGGCCGAGCUGUGCUGCUGCAGCAACGAGCGUCUGCCAUGGGGGCUUCUCUUGCAGGGAAGGAGGCCGAAGCGGCUCAGCUGCAGAACUUGCUGGCAGCUUCGGAGGCCCGAGCCUGUGGCGUGGCAGGGGAGCUUCGGAAGGUGCAGAUGCGGCUGUCAGUGGAGCAGAGGCGGUUGCAGGGCGCACGGGAGCGCAUCAUGCUGCGCAGGGACGCUCAAAAGAGGGAAUUCGAGAAAACAGCGAACCACAUUGCAUGCUUGCAGGAGCAGAUGGAGCAGGCACACGAGGAGCAGACAGCUUUAGGGCAGUCGCAACAGCAGCUGCAGCAGCAGGUGGUGCGCGCACAGCUGCAGCAGCAGGCGCAGCAGCAGCGGCAGCAGCAGCUGCAGCAGCAGAUGCUGAGAGCGCACCUGGAGCAGCAGCAGCAGCUGACGCGCAUGUUUCAAGUACUGCAGGAUGGGGAAGGGGAGGGGAAGGUGGGGGCUGGGGGGAGGGCCGGUGAGGGGCUGGAUGGGGCAGAGGGGAAGGAGGAGGGAGGAGAGGAGGAGGAUGAGGAGAUGACUCAAGAAGCCGACGUGGGAGAGGGAGUGGUGGGAGGAGUGGGAGGAGUGGUUGGGGGAGGUGAUACUUGCCCUGUAGACGGUGAGGUGCCUUGUGCGGACGCUGAGGCACGUGGUGUGGUACAGGGGAGUGUGGCUGCCAGGGAAGAGGAGAGGGUCGAGGAAAGGGAGGGUUUGCUGCUUGUUCGGCGGGAGCUCUUUAGGGGGGAUGAGGGGGACGGGGGUGGUGAGGGACGAGUGGGAAUGAGGGAGAUGGAAGAAGAUGGGAGGGGAUUUGGUGGUGGAGUGGGUGACGGGGGGAGGGGCGAGGGAGGGGAGGAAGGGGAAGGAGGAAAUGGAGAGACGGAGGAGUGUUCAUUGGAUGAUCAGUUUGACGAGUUGAACAGAGGUGGACCGUUGGAUGGUCGGCUUGAUGAGCUGAACAGAGAAGGUGGGCCGUUGGAUGAGCGGCUGGAGGAGCUGAUGGAAGCAGAGACGCAGGAGUACAGUGGGGGGCGAGGAGGGCAGCUGGAGGGGUUCUCAGGAGGGAUGCUGGACGAGACCUGUGAGUCGCCUGGACGAGGAGGGGUGCUGGAAGAAGGGUUCACGGCAUGGGGAGAGGAGGAGACAGGGGAGCGUGCUGAGGGGGAAGAGGGGUUGGAGAGGGACGGAGCAGCAGGGCAAGGAGAAGAGGAGGGGGUGGCAGGGGUUGUGGGGAAGGGAAAGAGAAUUAGCCCUGGGAAGGGUGAUGCUGGUGCUACCUUACGAGCACGGUUGGAAGCCGAGACAGAAACGGAGACGCAAGGGCACACGGAGACGCAGGGUUGUUUGGAAACGCAUGGGCAGAGAGCAGCUGUAGUGCCAGGGCAGACAGAGACACAGGUGGCGACUCAACUGCUGUCACAAGGGCAGGUUCACUCCCAAGGGCUAAUACAGUCACCAGGGCCAGAGCUGUCACCGGGGCCAGAGCUGUCAGCAGGGCAGUUUCAGUCACAAAGUCAGUACCGGUCAGAAGGGCCGUUGCUGUCACCACCCACUGGUUGCGCCUCACAAACCCCAAACCCUUCCCAGCGGCAGUCACAGUCGCAAGUGCCUGGCGCAUCCCAGCAGCCCUCACAGCAGCCGUCUCAGGCAGAGUCUCAGAGGGCGCUGCAAACACAGGAGCUGCCCCCCACGCAGCUGCUCUCCGCAUCACAAGUGCUGGCGGUGCAGCAGCAGCUGGGGGUGAUUCCAGCACAGGAGCAGCAACAGAAGCAGCAACAGGAGCAGGCGGAUUCACCUUUGCACGAGCAGGAGCGGGCACUUUGUGCAAAUACUUCUCUGGCUGGAGCAGCUAGGGAAACAGUGGGAGGUGAGCCAGACGCUAAUGACAGCAGAGGUGUUGAUGGUAACGGUGGUGGCGUGGAAGGGAGGCAGAGGGAGAAGAAGGGAGUCACAUGUGAAAGUGGAAUGGGGACGGAAACCCUGCCUUAUGAAGGUAUGCCAGAGGGAUCUGAGACCCCGAAUCCUACUCUGCUGCUGGUGGGUGGGCAGGCUGCUGUGGGGGAUGAGUCUGGCCCAGUGGGAGAUGAUGGGAGCUGUGGGUUGAGAAGGGAUGGGGCUGGGGCUGUGCCUGUGGUUGCUGCUGUGAGAGUUGAGGGCAGUGUGGUGGGCGUGGGUGCAGUGGGUGGGAGUGAGAUUGGGAUUGGGAAUGGGAAUGGGAUGGAAGAGAGGGAACGGCGCGAGGAAUUUGGGAAUGGCAGUAUGGAGGACAGUGAUGGUGAUGUGGACUGUGAUGGUGCGGUGAGAGGUGGUUCUGAGAGAUCCAGUGGUAUGGGGAUGGGGGAUGAGGAGACGUGUGAAGGGGAUGAGGAUGCAAGGGGUGAGAAUGAGGGCGAUGCUGAUGACGAGGAGUUGUUGCCAGCUUCCAAUGCAGCAGGGAGGGUGUUUGUUACGAACCCCAAUGGGGUUGAUGGGGAAAGAGAGGGGAAGGAGGGUACAGAAACAGGCAAGGGUGGGGGCGGUGUGGGGGUGCUUCAAGAGGAGGGUGCAGGGGAGGGGGAGGGUGAGGAGGGAUUGAGUCGUGUGGGGCAGGGGAGUGAGAAGGGGGACAGUCCUGCGGACGAAAUAGAGGGCGAUGUGGUGGCAACGUGGGGCCUGCCGCAUGUGAUGUGGGCGUAUCGGCGGCGGAGGAAGAGGAGGUUGAGUGGCGGGGAUGGGGUGAAAACAGGGAGGGUGAAGGGAGGGCGGGAGGUGGGAAGGUUGGGACGCAGUGAGAAGGGGAGAGAGAGGAGGAGGUUGGGUGGUGAGAGUGGUUCGCCUUGUGGCAUGGACAGUAGCCAGGAAGCGAAUUCCUGGUGA